CGCCACCGGCGAACGCGAUGUAAACUGUAAUGUAAACAGAAGACGAUCGACCAAAAUCCAUUAAAUUCGCGACGCUAAACACGAAUUCCGGCAAAAUUUGCUUCCCUCGGCCGAUUUUCGCAUUAAAUCAGCAUGACGUCUAAGAAACGCGAUGACUCGCCCAAUGCUGAGGAGAAUGCCGAGGAGGAGGAAGAAUACUCAGUGGAGAAGGUUUUGGACAGACGUAUGCGAGGAUCCAAAGUCGAGUAUCUUCUCAAAUGGAAAGGCUACUCUGAUGCCGACAAUACUUGGGAACCUGAGGAGAAUCUCGACUGUCCCGAUUUGAUUAGCGAGUUUGAGAACAACCGUAAGAAGAAGGAAGCUGCUAAGGCACCAAAGGAAGAAAAGCCUAAGAAGAGGUCUGCCGCCCCAGAAGAUAAGCCCAAGCCACCUGCCAAGAAAAAAGCACCGGAGGAGGAUUCCAAGCCAAGAGGAUUCGCCAGAAAUUUGGAACCCGAGAAAAUCAUUGGUGCCACUGAUUCCAGCGGGGAACUUAUGUUUUUGAUGAAGUGGAAAGGCACCGAUGAGGCAGACCUUGUCCCGUCCCGCCAGGCCAACAAGGAGUGUCCUCAAGUCGUGAUUGCCUUCUACGAAGAGCGACUUACCUGGCACCAAUCCAACCAUGAUGAUGGCGAUGCUGGUGACAAUUAAAACACUUUAUUAGUGACUAAAGAAACAGCACUCAUGCAAACCUUCAUAUUACUGUGUAAGACCAAUCAUUGUCCAAGGAGUUGGCUAUUUCAAGCAUGUCUCAAUUGCAAAUACUUGUUUCUCUACGCUAAUGACGUCUAUUGGGACAAAUCACUUACGUUUUAAUGAUAGUAAAAAUUCAUUGGAGAAAGUGCACUUUGUUUCUGCAUGUUAAUUAAAGAAAUUUUCAUUAAAUCAUGGACUACAAAGUCAUUUUAUAUCUUGCUAACAAAAACUUCUGUGGCGAGAGAAAAAUGUUAAAAUGAUCGUAAUUUUAAAUAAUAUGCUAUUCGAUACUCCGUAUAAGAUUUAAGAAUAAAUAGUAGAAUAACUGUAAAGCA